AUGGCAGAUGAACCCAUGAAAGGAAUGGAGCACUCGGAAGUGCACUACUUUAAUAGUUAUAACCAUCAUGGUAUACAUGAAGAGAUGUUGAAAGAUGAGGUUCGGACCAGGUCCUACAUGAAUGCAAUAAUUCAGAACAAGCAUUUGUUCAAAGACAAAAUUGUUCUCGAUGUCGGUUGUGGAACGUCGAUACUCUCUAUGUUUGCCGUACGCGCCGGGGCAAAACAUGUUAUCGGUGUCGAUAUGUCCACCAUCAUUGAGAAAGCUCGCGAAAUUGUCGAAGUAAAUGGUAUGUCUGACAAGAUCACACUUCUUCAGGGCAAAAUGGAAGAAGUAGAGCUUCCUUUCCCCAAAGUCGACAUAAUUAUCUCAGAAUGGAUGGGAUAUUUUUUGCUAUAUGAGUCUAUGCUUGACACAGUUCUAUAUGCUAGGGACAAAUACUUGUCGCCUAACGGUCUCAUAUUUCCCGAUAAAGCGACCAUAUUUAUGGGUGGUAUCGAGGAUGGUGAAUACAAAGAGGAAAAAAUCGGCUUUUGGGAUAACGUAUACGGUUUCGAUUACUCUCCUCUGAAGUUUACUGCUUUGACUGAACCGCUCGUCGACACGGUCGAAAUAAAAGCAGUUGUCACAGAUCCCACAGCUGUUCUAACACUUGAUCUAUAUACUUGCACGACUGCUGACUUGUCAUUUUCCACACCAUUCACUCUUGAAUGUCGCCGUAAUGACUUUGUGCAUGCUCUCAUCGCAUGGUUUGAUAUUGACUUCACAGCUUGCCACAAACCAAUCCGCUUCAGCACAGGGCCCCACACCAAGUACACCCAUUGGAAGCAAACAGUUUUUUAUCUCAAAGAUGUGUUAACUGUUCAGGAAGGAGAAAAAAUAGAGGGUGUGCUCGAGAACAAGCCUAACGACAAGAACAAGCGGGAUUUAGAUAUUAAUAUCAGCUAUAAACUUGUUACGGACGAUGAGAUUCGUAGAGCUGAAGGUUGCUGCAAGUACAAAAUGUGUUGA